AUGGAGACCUGUUAUCGUACACUUUGGAUGACAGUUGUUCUGGCAUUGAUUACGCGGAGAUCAGCCGCGGUAGGGCCGGUUAUCCGGUGUGAACCUUGUGAUGCUGGAGCCCGGCUCCUGUGCAAGCCGUUGCCCAAGGACUGCACCGAGAGAGUUCGCGAAACUGGCUGCGGGUGCUGCAUGACUUGCGCGCUGGCAUUUGGACAGCCGUGCGGGGUGUACACGGGGAGAUGUGGCUCCGGGAUGACAUGCCAGCUGCAGCCCGGCGAGACGAAACCUCUCCAAGCUCUGCUGGAGGGACGAGGACAGUGUGCGAUUGCGACCAUUAAAAGAUCCACCGCUGCUUUACCUGCCGUCAAUGAGAUACAAGAGAAUGUGGAUGGUACUCAGGAGGAGGAGCAAAACACCACCGCCCCAGUGAUCCAAGCCCCCCAAGCCCUUUUCAGCACCAGCAGACCUCCUGUAGGCCCCCCCAGACUCCCCCACCACCCAUCUCUCCUCCACCCUGUCAAGGCAGUGGUCAUCCACAGGGAGCAGCUGAAGAGGGCCCGGAGCUAUAAAAUGGAGGAACUCCCUGGAGCUCACAGCACAGACCAACAAAACUUCUCCCUGGAAUCCAAGCAGGAGCCAGAGUAUGGUCCCUGUCUUAGAGAGAUGGAGAGUGUCCUUAAAGGACUGAAGAUCACAGACAUCCUCAACCCCAGAGGCUUCCACAUCCCAAACUGUGACAAUAAGGGCUUCUACAAAAAAAAACAGUGCCGUCCAUCCAAGGGCAGAAAGCGAGGGUUUUGCUGGUGUGUUGACAAGUAUGGGCAGCCAUUGCCAAGUUUCAACGGGAAGGAGAGAGGAGACACCCAAUGCUACAACUCUGAGAGCCAAUAA